GCUCAGCCGAAAGGAGAGAAUAUUUAUGAAUGGGAAGGCUUCGUUAAUGGACCGGAGGGGACGCCUUAUGAAGGAGGACGAUUCAAGUUCGAAAUGAAAUUUCCUGCUGAAUAUCCAUUUAAGCCGCCCAAACUAAACUUCACAACCAAAGUCCUUCAUCCAAAUAUUACGGAUGAUGGAAAGGUUUGUCUUGAUGUUAUUUCGGAAGGAUGGAACCCAGCAGUUUCUUUAAGACAGAUUAUUUUAUCUUUGCACACAUUAUUUACGGAUCCAAACCCCUCGAAUCCUUUAGUUCCCGAGGUC